AUGCCAAUUCGGCCUGCUGAUGGAUCUGCGCCCUUGUCAGGUUCUGGCCCUGCGCGAAUUCCACUAGUAGGCCUAAAUUACGGGUCAAGACCGUGGAGAGUUCGUCAUGUGUGGCGUAGUCAGGGGCAUGAGGAUCCAAAGUUAAGGUUUGACCUUCCCGCAGCCCCGCCGAGUAGUGAUCCGAAUGGAUUGCAUAUCCAAUAUCGUCGCAGGGGAAUAGAGAGACUGAAGCAACAUUCUGAGCUCAUCGCAUUUGCCAAUAACGGCGUCUACGGCGCGGUAAACUGUUCCAGUCCAGUGAACAUUUUCGAGCUUGUUCGGUCGUGGGUUGAGGAUCACUACGCACGGCCUUUCCAAAUCGCAGAACUGCAGAAGAAGACACAACGAGAUGCGGGGAAGCCAAGGCCAGACUAUCACGUGACUAUCUCCUUGGAAUUGCGCAUACUGCCGACGAUUCAGCAUUUCGCCGGCACUUUUCUUGUCCAAACAAAUUGGAACAGAGUCCGAUUCUCUCCGCCAGUUGCAGAUCCAGACACCACAGGAGAAUACUACGUGUUGCCUGAUUCUGCUUGGGCCCGGGAUGUAGAGCCAGGGUUCCCUGCACCAGCACGCCUUGGUACUUCGGGAUCGAUUUCAUUCGAAUACAAUCAUGCAUUUCUUAAAGUCUUCGACCCUGAAAAAGAAAAUGCUGGCAUUGAUGCUGGCACAUUGGUUAAGGGAACUCCGCACGUAAAGAGACUGGCCAUCGAUCCAGUGGAAAUGGGCGACGAUAAUCAGAACCACCUCGACUAUCCAAACAAGGUUUAUGCCGCUGUGGGAUUUCCAAGGGAAUUGAUAAGCUAA